AUGGAGAGCAAAUGGAGUGGCUGGGUGCUGAUCCUUGCUGUGUGCCUGGGCUCCUACCGAGCUCUGUGCCAGGGCUUUGCCAAAAACGCCAUCGCCCGGUGUCCUGCUGCCUGGGUGCCGAAGGGCAUCCCGUGUCACCUGUGCCAGAUGGCGGUCUCCAUGGUGGGCAAGAUCCUGCAGGACAACUGCACCGAGGAAAAACUGCGGCUCUUCUUGGAAAAGAAAUGCCAGUACCUGCCCUUCCAGGACUGGGCUGUCAAGUGCAAGAAGAUGGUGGACACUGGCAUCCUCAUCCUCGUCCAGCUGGGCAAGCAAGUGCUGUCGGACCCGAAGAUGGUGUGUGGGACCAUCAAGCUGUGCCAGCCCCGCGAGAGCCCCACCGGGGCCCUGAAGUUCCAGAAGCCGCCGCCGGCCCCCAUGGGCUCCCCUCAGGACUUCACUGACCUGAUUACCCCCUUCAUCGCCAAUGUGCCCCUCCUGCUCCAUCCCCAGCACCUGCCUCGCGGAGAGGCCCAGGAAGAGGUGUGUGGGGUCUGCCUGAAGCUGGUGGCGGCCAUGCAGCUGGAGCUGGAGACCACGCCGGUCUUCGCCCAGGCGCUGGUGGCCCACGCCGAGCGCGUGUGCGAGGGCCUGGCACCCGACCUGGCACAGCGGGUAAGGAUGCCGGCGUCCUCCGGUGAUGUCACUGCGGCGUGGGAUUUGGGACGUCUCUCUCCCCAGGACCCGGCGGAUCUGUGUGGCCAGCUGGGACUCUGCUCCUCCACCUUGGUGCUGCCCCUCCACACGCUUCUCACUGAGAAGGUGACGCAGGUCCUGAGCACGCUGGGGGACGGGGAGGACACCACGCCGCUGUGUGAGGUGUGCCAGUUUUCUAUGAAGGCGGCCGAGAGCCUCCUGGAGAACAACGUGACGGAGGAGCAACUGGUGAACGAUAUCGAGAAGGUGUGCUACAUGCUGCCCCACAGCGUCAUCGGGCAGUGCAAGGACUUUGUUGACUCCUACGGCAAAGCCGUGGUCAUCAUGUUGCUGGAGGCCACCGACCCGGCGGCUGUCUGCACCAUGCUGCGCUGCUGCCCCCGGGGUGGGGACGCCCACCAAGAGCUGGGUGACAUGCUGGAGAAGGGCUGCGAGCUGCUGCCCGUGCCACUCACCAGCAAGGUGAGCUGGGGGGCGAGCGCCAGCCCGGCGGGGACCCCCAGACCUCCCCCAAGCCGGGCUCACCCCUUCUCUCCUUCUCAGUGUGAGACGCUCGUGGUGCAGUACGAGCCGGCGGCCGUGCGGCGCCUCGUGCAGAUGAUGGACCCCACCUUCGUCUGUACCAAAAUAAGAGCCUGCAACUCAUCCGAAGAGGAUCUCCUGGGCUCGGACCGCUGUGCCUGGGGCCCACACUACUGGUGCAAGAACAUGGCCACAGCAAUUGAGUGCCACCACCAUCCUUCCCCAUCUCUCCCGCAGGCUGUUGAGCACUGCCAGCGUCACCUGUGGAACUAG